UUACUAAACAGAUUAUUAGCCAUGGAUAACCAAGCGAACCAACUGGCUCAAGCUAGUCAAGUACCAGCUCAAGAGAAGAAGAGACCCCCCAGAAGACGUCCCAAGAAAAAAUCAGAUGAACAAAAGCACGAUCUUACUUCAACCAAGAAAUUUCUCCAAAUUUCCAAAUUAAUCCGAGCAUUUAAACCAGUGACUAUAAAUGGAUCACCAACACAAACGAUUAUAGAUCAGAUCAAACUCAAAGAGCUGAAUGACCCAGACUAUUUCAAAACCAAGUAUAAGAACCAUGCAAGAUUAUCUAAUUUACAAAAGUACUUGGCUGAGUUUAUUGAGAGUCAACCUGAUUCUACGAUUUACAUUUCCAUGUGCGUCAAACCAUCUGAUCCCGAUUUCCCGUUUGAUUUAGAUAAAUUGCAAUUAAAUUUAUCGAUCCCAGGAAAGUACCCCGACAAAGUCCAAAAACCGAAGAUAGUUGUAUUGAACGACGAAAUACCCAGGGGGUUUGCUAUAAAUGUUGAGAAUGGGUUUAAACGGAUUGCAGAAAUAGCUUUGAACAAAGGAGAAGAUGAAGAGAUUGAAUUGAUACAAGGAACAGGAUUAUUGUCUAUGAUAUUGACUUUGGAUAAGUACUUGGAAGAGUUUUUAAAACAGGAAAAGAGAGAAACAUUCAAGUUUGUCAAGACAGUAAAGAAGUCAUCGCCAAAACCAAAGGAUGCCCUGCCUGUACCUGCACCUGCACCUACACCCUCUCCUAAGGAAGACAAGAAACAUUCCCCUGCUGUCAAACGCCAAGAGCAAAUUAUAGUAUCUCCCGAAGUUGCUAGACUUAGAGAUAGCUUAACUGAAGAACUAAUCAACAAGUUAGGUGAUUAUAUCAAAGUCUUUAAAAAGUCACAUCAAGGAGAAACUCUUUACAAGAUUGCAUUACCAAUAUUUAACUUGGACUCACCAGUUAUUCCCAAUCUUUGGAAAUUGAACGAACAAGUCGAGCUAAUGGUUGCAAUUCCAAUAAAUUUUCCUCAACUGAAACUAAAACUUACGUUCCCAAACAACUUUAACUCAAACUUAAUCUUGAAAUAUUGUCAGCAGGAUGAACAACAGUUUGAAUUAGUGCAAAUUACCAAACAAUAUCGGAAGAUUGAACAAAACUUUACUAACAACUUCAAUAAGUUUGACUUUGGCACUAACAGUUUAGUUCUGAUAUUCAACUGGCUCACUAACAAUAUUGGCCAAUUUAGUUUAUCUGAUCAAGAAUUUAAACAAUGGGUAAGUAACAUCGAGAAGUUUAACCUUUGAUAGUUAGAAUUACAUGCUUUAUUGUUGACUUACACAGUGUAGCUUCUGUAGUUAUAGCAACCCUUCGGAGCUAACAGGGAUCAAACGCCGGCUGAUUCCGUGCAUUGUUUACGGUUAAAAAUAAAAUUCAUUGUUCUUUU